AUGUAUACUAGACGUAGCUCGAAUGUUGCCAGUUGUGUUGUUAAAUCUCAUGUACAAACCAGAUACAAGAUUUUGGAUAUUAAUGGGUAUAAGGAAAUGCUGUUGGCAGACUUGAUCAAAUCAAUUUCAUCCUUGCCUAGUGAUGAUAAGCGACUCAAAAAUCUUUUGUUAAGAAAUUAUCUUCAAUUCAAUUUGAUUUAUUUGACGGUUCAGAGUGGAAUCGAAAUUGUUGAUGAUUUAGUCGGUUGUGUUUUGAGACAAGAAAGGUUUGUUGAAAAAAUGAAUACAACGCUCAAUUGGCUACGUUCACCAUUCAUUUAUCAAACAUUAUCAGAAUCUGCAAACAGGUAUGUAAAUUUUUUUCACAUGUUGACGUCCAGUGACUUGAAACGAAUGCUUGUCCCUACUUUAGAUAUCGAUCUUAUGUGGCACACUCAUCAAUUAUGGAAUUAUGGUUAUUUCAAAGAUUGUUUGGAAUCACCGUGUCAUACGGGGAUUGAUCAUGAUGAUACUGUUGAUGAAAAUAAAUUGGACGAUGGUUAUGAAUACACCUGUAAAAUGUAUCGCAAGUUAUUCAAACAGGAAUAUUCAGUUUGCUAUUGUCAUCCUUGUGUUGUGCGACGCAUGGCUGCUGCUAGCAAAUUCUCAAUAUUAUUGAAAUCUGGUAAUAAACAAUCACAACCAGAGGAACCAGCAAUCAUUAACAAUCCAUUAUUCAGUAAAGAUGAAGGGUUUUCACAUAUCAGUACCCAUAAUUCUAUUAAAUUGCCAACAUCACGAGCGGAACUGAAACGAAAAAAAUCUAUUACAGCUUCAAUGUUGGAAAAAGAUAGAAACAACUCCCAUUACUAUUAUUAUCAUAAUUCUUCGAUGUUUGUUAUGGCACCUGGUGCUCCAGUAGAUUCAGCAAAUUCUGAAUUGUAUUCUAAUACGUUGUGCUGUUCUAUUGCUAACUCUACAAGUUCAUGCGGCAAAUGUGGUGGGAAAUGCAUAGGCGGUAGCGGUUGUGGUAAUGGUUGUGGUAGUACUGGAGGUUGUGUUAGUUGUGGUGGCAGUAGUAGUGGAGGAGGUGGUGGUGGUUGUGGUAGUAGCAGUGGAGGAGGUGGUGGUGGUUGUGGCGGUGGAGGAGGUGGUUGUGGCGGCGGAGGAGGAGGUGGUGGUAUUUGA